AUGACAUCGCUCCUCCCGCAAUUCGUUACUCCACGGAUUCGACUUCUCAUGGGCUGCGGUAGCCACAUCCGGCCUGGGCCAAAACUCCAUCCCAAAUUUCAUCCCUUUAUCUUUCUCAUCCUGAGGCGCGGGUUAAUGUUCAUAUCUGUCCAUCAUGUUGAAUUGCAAGUCUUUGGAGCUGGUCUCCGCUUCAUCGUAGACAUUCCUACUGCUGAUGGCGCUGACUCAUCUCGUCCCAAUCCGUCUUACUUUCCAACUGCUCCUGCCGAGCAAGCUGACAACGGAAUGGAGGAGAGUUAG